AUGGGUGAAAAUUCAGGUAAAGAAACCCUUGCCUCGAGUACAAAGAAGGGUUUUUUCAAGAAGAAGAAAUUUCAUAUCCGACGGAAGAAACUGAAUGCAUAUGAUAUCUCUUCCCUCUCAGAGUUUCUGCCUGAGUUGAAGGAUUCACUAGAACUAACUCCCGCUGCAAAGUUCAAGCUAAUAUUGAAGGAAGGAAAGCGUCUGAGUGCACUUGUUAAUCAUCCUGCUUUCCAGGCGGAUCCGCUUGGUGCAAUUUAUCAAGACAUAAUAAGCACACAGCCUGCGGUGGAUGAGAAACCGAAUGAAAGGAACAAAUGUAGAAGCAAGAAGAGGAAUCAGAAGAAAUCUGAGGCUCCAGCCGGGCACCAAUCUAUGGAUUUUCAUCUAUCGACCUUGAACCGUGGAAUUUCAUCCAUCCACCUUUGA